CUAGUGUUGUUCGUAUCAUUUACGUCGGGUUCCUUGCCAGGGACGCGCUGAUCAAGCGUGCGGGCGCCUGAGAGUCGUUGAAUGAGCGCUUGACUAGGUGAAUUACCUCUACUGACCCAGAUUAAUUAAGUGGAUUGUCCUGGGUCGUGCGGGAACGAUGAGCACGCCCCAGCCCACCCAGCCGCUGCCCUCGAAAGAGGCGGUGCUCUUCAAGCAUGUUCUGCGCUUCCACGAGCUGAAGCAAUAUAAGAAGGCAAUUAAGACCGCCGAUCAGAUCCUGAAGAAGUUCCCGGAGCAUGGCGAGACACUUGCCAUGAAGGGCCUGUGCCUGCGCCUGAUGACGCCGGACACUGACAAGGAGAAGAAGGAGGAGGCGUAUGAGCUGGUCCGGAAGGGCGUGAAGUGCGACCUAAAGAGCCACGUCUGCUGGCACGUCUACGGCCUGCUGUACCGCCACGACCGGGAGUACAAGGAGGCGAUCAAGUGCUACCUGAACGCGCUGCGCAUCGACAAGGAGAACAUACAGAUUCUGAGGGACCUGGCGCUGCUGCAGAUCCAGCUUCGCGACCUGCAGGGCUUUGUGGACACGCGGCACCAGCUGCUGACGGCCAAGCCCAGCAACCGCAGCCACUGGAUCACCUUUGCGGUGGCACACCACAUGAACGGCAAUCAUGAUCUGGCGGUGGAGGUCCUGAACCAGUUUGAGGCCACGCUGGAGGAGGUGCCGGCGGGCGAGGCCUACGAGCACAGCGAGAUGCUGCUGUACGCGGCGCAGGUGCUGGCGGAGGGCGGCAAGCCCGAGGAGGCGCUGGCCUACCUGGACAAGCGCAAGGACAAGAUCAAGGACAAGCGGGGCCUGGACGAGUUCACCGCGGGGGUGCUGCUGCGCGUGGGCCGGCUGGUGGAGGCGGCUGCGGCGUACAGGCGGCUGCUGGAUGUCAACCCCAACAACUACAAGGUGCACGAGGGGCUGCGUGCGGCCAUGGAGCUGGCGCCGGCGGCGGACGGCUCCCUGACUGACGCCCAGCGCGCCAGGCUGUCGCAGCUGUACGACGAGCUGGCAGCGGCCUUCCCGGGGGCCAGCGCCUGCCGCCGCAUCCCCCUGGACUUCAAGGUGGGCGACGCCUUCAAGGCCGCAGCCGACGCCUACCUCCGCCGCGGCCUCACCCGCGGCGUGCCCUCGCUGUUUGUGGACAUGCGCCCCCUCGCCGACGCCGACCCAGCCAAGCGCGACGUGCUGCUGGCGCUGGCGGAGAGCUACCGCGACGCCCUGCGUGCCGGGCCCGGCGCGGCCUUCCCGCCGCUGGCGGGCGGCGCGGCGGGCGGCGAGGCGCCGGCGCCUGAGAGCCCGCAGACGCUGGUGUGGGUGCUGUUCUUCCUGGCGCGCUUCUACGACCGACUGGGCCGGCUGGAGGAGGCGCUGGCGCACAUCGACGAGGCGCUGGCGCACACGCCCACCGUCAUCGAGCUGCACACCGCCAAGGCCAAGAUCCUUCGGCACACGGGAGACCUGGAGGGCGCGGCGCACUGCGCUGAGACGGCGCGCCGCAUGGACCUGCAGGACCGCUACCUCAACUCGCUGGCGGUCAAGGCGCUGCUGGGCGCGGGGCACUGCGCGGCGGCGGAGCGCACCGCCUCGCUGUUCACACGGGACGGGGAGCAGGGCGCCUUCACGCUGUUCGACAUGCAGCACAUGUGGUACGAGCUGGCGGCCGGCCGCGCGCACGCCGGCAAGGGGCCGGCGGGCCGCGGCCCCGCCCUCAAGAAGUUCCAGGCGGUGGUGUCCCACUUCGCCGACAUUGCGGAGGACCAGUUCGACUUCCACAGCUACUGCGUGCGCAAGGGCACGCUGCGCAGCUACGUGGGCAUGCUGGGCAUGAUGGACCGCCUGUACGGCCACCCCUUCUUCAGCAAGGCCGCCUGCGGUGCGGUGCGUGUGUACCUGGACCUGCACGACCGGCCGCCGGGCGCGGCCAACGGCGCGGACGAGGAGGCGGCACUGGCGGCCAUGAGCCCCGAGGAGCGCAAGAAGUACAAGCUGGCCAAGAAGAAGGAGGAGAAGGAGAAGGCCCGCAAGGCGGCGGAGGACAAGGAGCGCGAGGAGCGGGAAAAGAAGGAGCGCGAGAAGGCGGCGGCGCAGAAGGGCGGCAAGAAGCCGGCGGCAGCCAGCAAGAGGGAGCCCGACCCCGACCCGGAGGGCGCCAAGCUGGCGGCGGUGGCGGACCCGCUGGCGGAGGCGGCCAAGCUGGUGGAGAUGCUGGUCAAGCACGCGGGCAGCCGGCUGUCCAGCCACGUGUUGGCGGCGGAGGUGGCGCUGCGGCGGGGGCGGCAGGUGGUGGCGCUGGCGGCGCUGCGCAACGCGGCGGCCACGGCGGAGGCCAAGGCGGCGGGCGGCGCCGACCACCCGGAGGUGCACGCGCUGCUGGUGCGGCUGGCGCAGGCAUUCGCGGCCUCGCCGCCGGAGAACGAGGUGGUCAAGGCCGUGGUGGGCGCGGGCCUGGCUGAACUCCUGGGCGCGGGCGUCACACCGGCGGCGUUUGCGGGGCGCUGGCGGGCGGCGCACGGCACCAAGAGCCUGGACCACCGGCUUGCGGCGGCGCGCGCCAUGGUGGCGCUGGCGGAGACGGGGGGCAGCGCGCCGUCGGCGGCGGCGCGGACGGCGGCGGCGGCGCACGUGGCGGCGGGCGCGGCGGAGUACGGGCCGGCCUCCCGGCCGCUGCACGCGCAGUGCGUAGAGGUGCACCGCCUGCUGCGGGACGAGUGGGGCGUGGCCGAGGCGGCGGACAAAUGGCGGGCGGGCUGCGCUGCGGCGUACCCGCACUCGCGCUACUUCGGCGGGUCAAAACAAAUGGCGCUGGACCCCAGCUAUGACUUUGAGAACAUGCGGGAGGCGUUCGGCAAGCUAUCAUUCUGAGCAGCCGGACCGGGAGCUGCAACAUGAGCAGCAGCGGGUAUGGCUGGCUGUAGGAGCAGGAGCAGGCGGCUGUAGCAGCAGCAGGAGUGCGGGUUGUAGCACGGUCGGGCUGCGGGACUCGGGUGUGUUAGAGAGCACAUGAGAAUAGUGUGUGGGCGUGUGGGUGAUUGGACGCAGGGUGGGCGGGGUGCUGAGCGGGACGGCAGCGGGGCGGACUUGGCUUGCGGUUGACACCUGCGGAGGGUUGACCUCUGCGAAUGGGGAGUGGACGGGGUUGAUUUACAGCAAUUCUGCGACCAGCUAGGCUUUGCGACCAGAUAGGCGCAUCUGUGCAGUGUGCUUACGGACGAAACAGUUAGCUCGGCAUGUGCGGCGGCUGCGGCUGCAACAAAGACUGUCACGGUGCCGAUGUCGGACCGCGCAGCCAGCCCUGUGUGGCUUUGCGAAGCGCUGGCGGUGGCUUUGAAGCGUGCGGCCCUCAAAAUGCACUGGUGCGCAUUCAUCUCUGGCAUAUCAGGGACACGGACGCAACCGGAGCGGGCAGGCAUUACCCAUCCGGGCAGCGCCGCGGUCCAUCGACUUGGGCAGGAACGCGAAGUGCCACAAGCGGCACCCGCCCUUGCGUGUAAGAACGCGCUCUA